GAUUGAGGAAGGGAGAAUAUAGAGUGGAGAGUUGCCAGAGCCAGGAGGAAACCUCAGUAAAAACACAAAUUCCCACAGAAGCAAGGAAAGUGAGGUGAGGUACUGACUGGAUAGAGGGGCAAAUCAGGAAAGUCCUGCCAGCUUGUGUGAGAGGACAUUAGGAGCUGCUGACUUUCUCCAGUGACCAGUGAUCACACACUGAAGGACUCCGACUUCCAAGCACUGGCUAUAACGUCAUGGAGUCACAGCCUAUGCCCAAUGGGGUGUUCAUCAGCUUUACCCAACCCGGCUCUCAUAUUCUACAGCCAGGUCAGUCAGUGACUUCUGGUUCUUCCAACCAACCGAAUGGCACCCUACAGAAAUUCCUUAAGGGAGAGCCAAAAGUUCUAGGGGCCUUCCAGAUCCUGAUUGCUCUGGUGACCUUCAGCUGUGGAAUAAUUAUGAUAACAAGCAGCUAUCUUCCCUAUGAGCUGCUUUCAGGGUAUUCACUAUGUGGAAGCAUAUUUUUCAUCAUUUCAGGAACCCUCUCAAUUGCAGCUGAAAAAAAAACCCACAAAAUGUCUGGUUCAAGGCAGCCUGGCAAUGAAUAUAAUAAGCAUCAUAUUCUCCGGGAGUGGGAUUAUCGUCGUCUCAAUAUGUCUGGCCAUCAGACCAUACUCAAUGCACCACGAGUCCUUUAUCUAUGGGCUUUUUUCUGUAGAGCUGAUCUUAACUAUUCUGGAAUUCUGCAUCACGAUGUCCCUCUCCGUCUACGGGUGCAAGGCAGUUUGUGCUAACUCUGGUCAGAUUGUGGUUUACCUGUCUGCUAAUUCCCAUGGGUCAGGGUUGGCAUCCCAAGAAAGCAACUAUGAACCCCUGACGAAUCCUCCCCCGAAUUAUGAGGAGUUAACAUCUAAGAAAUGACAUUCUCCUGACUUCAACGUGACCCAGUCAAUGGUCAUAUCCAUCCGAAAGCUCCUUCCCCUUAACACACGAUUAAUAAAUCUACAACAAAUGUGA